CAUCCAUCGAAAUCUCAAUUGAUUUUACAAUUAUUUGAUAUGCUAUCAAAGUUAACCCAGUCCAGAAAUCGUGACAACAUAAUAUCACAUCAGAAACAUUUUCUUUCUCAUCGUCCAACACCUGCGAUAAUUCUUUCAGCCUCAACACCUGAUCUUGAUCAACAACACGUCUUGCCAGAUCGGAGUAACAAAAUCACUGAAAGUAUUCAUGAUAAUCAUGCAGAAACUCUGACAUCGGAGAGUUCAUUUACUUGUAGAUGA